UAGUUAAGUUUAUACCAAAAAAAAAAAUAUUAGUUAAGUUUAUACCCAAAAAAAAAAUAGUUAGUUAACUGCUUAACUGAAACCAGUGGCAGUAACCGCAAAUGAAGAUAACUAGUAAAAAGGUUGGAAUAGAUUUACCACACUACCCUUAUCCUUUUAAGACUGGCACAUCACAUCACAUCACAGCUCUGUUCUUCUAGCUAGGGUGGUUGAGUUGAGUAUUGAAAUUUGCAGCUUUGAAAUUGAAAGUGAUCAAACUAUGCCAGGCCCUGGUCCUCACUUGAUGUAUGCCAUGGGCUCGGGCUUGGGUCUAACCACCAUCAGUAACGGCAGGUUUAGCCCACACCACACACUCACAUACACCGUCAACGCUUUCUUUGGACCUGAUAUUGGUUCUUUCUCGGAAUGGAUUGGCUCACUUUUUGGUGAUGGUCCAGCUGAUACUGUAGGCUCUGCCGUAGCUGAUCUCAUUCACCAUCCUUUCUACUACAUCCUUAUCUUGGGAAUUCCUCUCUCUUUUCUUUACUCUAGGAUUUCCUCUUUUCUUCUUCAAACUCACCUUCUUGAUUCUAUCUCCAGGGUGCCUCUUACUAAGAUGCAAUGCUUUUUCUUGAUAUCAGCUGGCUCUUUUACUCACUUCUUUCUAGAUCAUCUCUUUGAGGAGAAUGGGAAAACUACCACCUACACUUGGAUUUUGAGCACUGGCUGGUGGCAAAGUAGAGCACCAGUUAACCCAGAUGCUGUUGUUGUAGUGAGCAUCUUAUGUGCUUGCUUAAUUGGUGGAUUUUUUUACCUCAACAGAGCAAGUUCCUCAAACUCAAUAAAGAAAAAGUCAUAUCAGUCAAUGCUUCUUAUGGUAUCCAUAGCUUCAUUAUACUGCUUAUGGUGUACAAUUCAAAUAUACUGGAUCAACCCACGUCGCCCAGCAGUUGGAGAAGAAGCUGAUCUUGGUGUUCUUGUGUUUUUAGCUGUGUAUUUUUUUCUACCUUAUUGUUUGUGUAUAAUGUCCAUGUACCCAAAAGAUUUUGAUUCUAAUCAAAUUCCACUUUAACAGUGUUUACCCUGACACACGGUUAUCUUAUCUACAAUUUUGCCACCAGGAGCUUACAGUAUAACAAAAUGGAUAUAUGCAAUGUUAAACAUCAUUUUUAUAAAGAGUGUCAUCACUCUUUCGACCUUUUUGGUUAUUGCCACACAUGUAUAAAAGUUAUGUUUGAUUUGUUGAA